UCCCGGCUGCCAUGACAACGAGUCCGCGCCCCGCGCACAGCUGCUGCUCGGGCGGGACCCAGGCUGGACCGCGGGCCCCGGCCUGGGGGCCACAGCUGCCACCGCCGCCGCCACCUCGUCUCCUCCCCGUCCCCGCCCCGCCCCGCGUCUCCUCGUCUCACUCGGGCCCGCGGCCGGGGUCCCUCCCCGCCGCCUCACCCCGCGCGGAUGCCGAAGGUGAAGGCGCUGCAAUGCGCCCUGGCGCUGGAGAUCCGCUCUGUAACUUGUCCAGGAGUGGUGCUGAAAGACAAGGAGGACAUCUAUCUUAGCAUCUGUGUGUUUGGCCAAUACAAAAAGACACAAUGUGUCCCAGCCAAUUUUCCACUGGUCUUCAAUGCCAGAAUGGUGUUUGAAAAGGUGUUCCCUGAAGCAGUAGACCCUGGAGAUGUGGUUGCACAGCUUGAAUAUGAUACAGCAUUGUUUGAGUUGAUUCAACUAGUUCCACCAGUGGGUGAAACACUGUCUACGUAUGAUGAAAAUACACGGGAUUUCAUGUUCCCGGGUCCAAACCAAAUUUCUGGACACCAUGAUUCAAACCGCCAGGUUACCAUGAGGAGGAUUUCUGGCCUUCGAGGAAUUGCUCCAAAGCUGGAAUUUUCUACAACUUCAGUGAUUACUGAAUGUCUGAUAAGUUCAAGGAAGUGCCGCACUCAGGAUAAAUUUAUUUACCAUACGGCUCCAGUUGAAAAAUCACACGGCAGACUGCAAAGCAGAACAUCAACAUCAAGAUCACAAAAGAAAAAAUCCAAGUCACCUGAGAGAAAUAAAUAUUGCAUAAAUGCAAAAAACUACGAACAGCCUACAAUUUCUUCAAAAUCACACUCUCCAUCUCCCUACACAAAAAGACGCAUGUGUGAGCUAUCUGAAGACACCAGGCGGCGGCUGGCCCAUUUAAAUCUGGGACCCUAUGAAUUCAAAAAAGAAACAGAUAAACCUCCAUUUGUGAUUAGACAUGUCGACCCCCCAAGUCCCAGGGCUGAUGCUUUAUUUGGGUCUUCUGGCAGAGACUGUGAAAGAGAUGGAUGGUCUAGGAUGCACAAUGAUCAUUCUCAUCUUGGCUGCUACCGACCCAAGGAUUAUAAGGUUAUCAGGACACCCCAUGGGAGAGACUUUGAUGACUCUUUGGAAAGGUGUGAUGAGUAUUUAAGCUCACGGUCAUGUAGCAAGCCACAGCAUUCAGCAAGGACCUUACUCGUCCAUUCAGCACCCUCAACAAUGCCGAAGCAUUCUCCAAGCCCUGUGUUAAAUCGAGCUUCUCUCAGGGAAAGAUUCCAUUCUGAUUGGUGUUCACCUUCAAACUGCGAUGAGAUCCAUGAUCGGGUAAAAAAUGUCUUGAAAUCACAUCAGGCUCAUCAAAGACAUUUAUAUGAUGAGAGAGACCCAGAGAAAGAAGAUGAACUGGAACUGAAAAGAGGUCUUUUAUACAGAGACUCUGCCUAUGACAGUGACCCAGAGUAUAGCUCAUUUCAGCGGCCACGUGGCACUCUCCAUUUGGAUGAUGGUGAAUACUGGUCCAACAGAGCAGCCUCUUAUAAAGGAAAAUCCCACCGACCCAUCUUUGAGAACAGCAUGGACAAGAUAUACAGGAACUUGUACAAAAAGGCCUGUAGUUCUGUUUCUCAUACACAGGAAAGCUUCUGAGACCACCCAUAAUAAACUGUAUGGGUGUCUGUGUCAACUUCUCAAUGAAAACGUUUGAUGUGAUCAAUAUCUGUAUUCUUUUUUUUUUUUAAGCAGGUGAUUCUGAGUAGUAGUUAAAUGUGAAUAAGUUUAUUGCUUCAAAUGGUAAAUUAUCAUAGGCAGUCCUUUUUUUUUUUAAUCACAGAAGAGAGUGCUGUAUUCCAAAAGUCAAAGCUCUGCACCACAAUCACAACUUCCAGUCUGAUUAUGAGAAGGAUGUUCUGCCACAUAUAUCUCAUAUCUCCAUCUACAAAUCCAAGAAUAGAUUCUCUCUAGAAAUGGUCUUCAGCCUUAAUCACCUUGUGAUUUUCUUUUCAUCUGCUUGAUUGGUUAUCUUGUCUAAGAUUAAUAUGAACUCCUUUUUCUUGGUAAUGGGCAAAACAAUAAAUAGUUCAGAAAUGAAUUUCCUAAGUUUAAACCCUGUUUUGACUAGUAUUUUCUACUUAUUUAUCCCCCCUAAAAAAGGUUACUUGUACUUCUUAGCUAAUAAGAAAUAGGUGUUUUUAAAGUUUAUAUAAUCAUUCACUUCCUCUUCUGUCAAAGAACUAAGUUACCUACAAUACGGUUAGCUAGAAAUAGCAGUGGCCAUGUGUGACCCAAAAUGUGAAUAACUGAUUUUUAAAAAUAGAAUUCUUUGCAUGAUCUUAAGGCCACAUCUUUUGGUGCAUCCAGAAUCAGAACAUAGCUUUCGUUAGUAAGCAUGUAGAAAGUCGGAAAGAAUAAAGGGAUUAUAUUGUAAUUUUAAAUUCUUUAGAGUUUUCAUAGGUGUACCGAAUGGCCCAGGAAAGUAGUAUCUUUUUUUAUUUAUUAUUUUAUGUUAGUCACCAUACAGUACAUCAUUAGUUUUUGAUGUAGUGUUCAUGAUUCAUUGGAAAGUAGUAUCUUUACUUAAAGGACACUUGGAACCAUAAAGAGGAGUAAAAUAUUAUACAGAAUGCUUUGUACUGGAAAAUCCGAUAGUUGAUAAAAUUAGCUCCUCUCCACCCGCCUUAUCCAUACCUGAGAGGCCACUGAGUCUUUGAAGAUAUGAAGAAAUCCGUCACCUCAUAUUUACCAGAGUAAGUGGAGGGAAAGCAAAGAAUAGAAAAUAAGCAAACUUGGCUUACAAGCUUGAAGAGUUGACUAUGAGGUGCUAUUCUCUCAUUGACUGUACCUUUGGUUAAUUCUACAGCUAUGAUUUAAAAAGAAAAAAAAAUGAACUCCAUUUAAGUUGAAAAUAACAUGUAAAAUUGAGUGACUUGUUUUUGUAUUGAGAGAAAAUAUAUAACACUUGUUAUCUAAUAAUAGGAUUUUUAAACUCCAUGUUAAGAGUGUUCUGGUAUGACAAUCAGUGAUGUGUGGGAACGUGCAUCAGAAAAAGGGGCCAGGAGGCCUAGGCUCUGCCGUUCUCCCGCUGAGUCUCUUUAACUCUCUGGGCCUGACUUUCCUCAGCUAUCACAUGGAGAGAAUGAAGUGGAUCAGCAUUUCCCAAACCGUAUUCUGUGGACUUCUAUUUUAAGAGAUGGCUGUAGGAAAGUAGAUACAGGAGUUUCAUUAGCCAUAUAAGUUGAGGAAAAUCUAUACACUAGAUUCACACUCCCGAACUUAGAGACUCACAGGUAGGAUGGCAGGAACGAAAGGCAGUGCUAUUGAUCCUGGAACAGCUGUUCCAAACGGGCUGUCCGGGCAAACUGGUGUGUAUGGCUGAUAAAGUCAUAGUCAACACUAGCCUGGUGGAGGUACUAAGAAAUCCUGACAUACACCUGUUUCGCUCUAGCAUCUGGUCUGGAGUCUGACACAUAGUGCUCAUUAAAUAUUUUUUGAAUUAGCCCAGAAUUUCCUAAAGUGAGUGUGUAGCAAUAUUUGUCAUUACGGCCAUUGUUCCCUUUCCGUCCCACCCCCUCAGCUCCCCACACUCCCUUUCAAAUGUGCCAUCCUUGGAUACAUGUAGACACCAGUCAGGGAAAUAGGACACUAUACAAUCACUGAGUUACUCUUUGGCUGUAAGUUGUAGGAUGAUGUUUUGUACAAUGAGCUUUUGAAGGUCAACAUUGACUAAUGCUUUUUUUUUAAACAAAAAAUAUUAUCAGUGAAACUUAGUAUGUUUUGUUUUUGUUUUACAUGUGGAAACAAAUGAAAAAUUCUUCCAUUUAAAAGGUCCUGCUUAGUGAAAAGAACAAUUUUGAACUUCAAAGAAAAUUUCACUGUCAUAGAAAAUCUCCUGAGUGAAUAACUACAUCAAAAGUUACCUAUUACACCUAUUUCUGCCAUUGGCUAUACAAAGACCACAAAAAAUGGGUCUCAGAGGGGAACUUCAGAAUAUGAUAUUUGGAAAGACAUUUUCCUGUGUAUUACAUUUGACUUCUCUCUGAAGGAUCAGGUGCAAAUUUCCAGAUAUGUAGUAUAUUAGCUAAGUGUCUAUUUCCAUUUCCUGGGGGAAGAAGUGGUCUUUGUUGCUAUCCCUAAGUAUUACUAUAAAAUCUUAUGUUAUGUUAUUUUUAAGGAGUAAAACCUUUAAAUACUAAUAGUUGUCUUUUCUCAUUGUAAGAAGCAGAAAGAUGUAGUUAUUACAAUUCUUACAAUGAAGCAGAAAGAUGUAGCUAUUUCCUUAGCCUUUUAAAAAUAUUUCUUACAAUCUAGUAAUAGUUAUUAGACUUAAUAUGAAAGAUAAAUUGAUCUUACUUCUUCCUUUUAAGGUAUUUUGUCCUUUAAAUAAAAAAAAAAAAACCUGGGAAUUUCAGGAAGAAAGAUGUCAAUUCAACUAAGAAAAAAGAUGUGUGAUUGGACAGAGAGUGAGGUCUUCAUGGUCCCACUAUUAGCUAUACAACCUUGUUCAAGUCAUUUAUCCUUCUUGGAGCUCAGUUUUCUUAUCUAUAAGGUGAUGAAGGGGUUAAUUUAGAAGGGUCUUUUAACGUUCCAACAUUUCUAUAAUUGUAUAAUUGAUUAAGAUGGAAGAUAAACAAGUUCUAGGAAGCAGAGUUGUAUUGUAACUUCAAAGAUUAAGCCCCUGAUUAAAAAUCUGGAGCAGAUAGAGCAUUCUCAUUAUUGUCUUCAUUUUCCAGUAAUAGCUUUAUUGAGAUAAAACUCAUAUACUGUAAAGUUUACCCUUUAAAAGUAUACAGUUGCGUGGUUUUUAGUAUAUUCACAGAGUUGUGCAGCUAUAACCACUAGCUAAUUAUAAAAUAUUUCAUGACUCCAGAAAGAAAUCCUGAACCCAUCAGCAAUCACUCCCCAUUCCCUUCUGCCCUCACCUCCUGGCAACCAGCAAUCUGCUUUCUGUCUCUGUGCCUGUUCUGGUGUUUCACAUAAAUGGGAUCAUAUAGUACGUGAUCUUUGGUGUCUGGCUUCUUUGACUUAGCAUAAUGUUUUCAUAGUUCAUCUGUGUUGUAAUGCACAUCAGUACUUUAUUCCUUUGAUGAUUAAGUAAUAGUCAUAAUGGGGAUGUGCAACAGUCAGUUGAUGAGCAUUUUUAUUAUUUUCCCUUUUGUGAUAUUAUGAAAAGAACUGGCAUGAAUAUUUGUGUAUGAGUUUUUGUGAGAACGUAUCUUUUCAUUUCUUUCAAGGGUAAACCUAGAGGUGGAAAUGCUGAGUCAUAUGGAAACACUAUGUUUGACAUUUUGAGGAAUAGCCAAACUGUUUUUCAAAGUGACCCCACCAUUUUACAAUUUUUUUGUUUUUUAAAUUUUACCUUAGGAUCUUAGGCUAGUUAUACAUUUAAGCAUCAUCCACCCAUUCGUCACAUGUUUAUUGAGCACUGUAUUAGAUAUAGAGAGUAUAAAUUUGUUAAAUGUACCUUCCCACAAGUGUGAAGAGUCGAUUGAAAAAAACAACAGUGUAUUUCAACAUUUACAGUGGUUUGGUAACUUCUUCAGUGGAAGACUACAGGAAUGGGGAUAAAGCAUUGUAGCUUGGUGCAGAAUUUGCAAAAGCAUGAAAAUGGGGAACAGCAUGGAUGUUCAGGAAACUCCCAAGUCCUUUCACUGGAGAUGGUAUGCAGGGAUGCAAAAGCUUUGGGAGGAUGUGUUGAGUGCAGUAAGAGAACUGCGAAGAGAAUGACAGGUCUGGAGUAGCAUUGGAAGAGGUGGACAUUGAAAGAUGGGAAUGACUUUUGAGAAAAGGAAACCAAGAUGGAAUAAACAAAUAUUGAUCAGGUUUUAUGAAGGUAGAGGUGGGAUAGAGGGAAAUAUCUAGUAAUCAGUUAAAAAUAAAGAUCUAGAACUUUGGAGAAGUCAAAAGUAGAAAAUGGAUUUUUGAAAUCAGAUAAAAAUAAUGAAGUGAGAGAAAAACAAAUGAAAGCUCUCUGCUGUUCUUGUCCUAAUUUGUACAUGACCAUUAUAGACGCCCUGACAGGAGUGAACCUCAAGCAAUUGCACUUUUUGCUUAUUGUUGAGGCCUUGGUGGUUAGCAUGUUAGAGAGCCACGCUUUUAGAAAUUAGGAAUAAUAAUAGAAUUAUAGUCGCAUUAUAAUUAGGAAAAUAGCUAGAAAUUCAUGUACAAAAUGAAGAGGUAAGAGAGGAAACCCAAUUUUUUGUUAUGAGUUAUUAUGAGUAUAUUAUUUAUCUCUGAGUGAUACACUUAGUUUAAUAAUAUAAAGUUUCUUAGACAACCAGAACUGGUAAAUAUUCAUCCAUUUAUCAAAUAUUAUUGAAGGUCUUCUCUGUUCCAGGCAAUCUGCACAGCACUGACUAAACGUCCAGAGAUAAACAAAAACACAGUUCCUGACCUGAGUUUGUGGGGGGGAGACUGACAUUUACUUAUUACAGUGAGAGAAGUACUGUAAUAGAUGAUAGAAAUGCUAUAAAGAUGAAAAGGAAGUCCUAAUUAAUUCUUAAAGGUGUCAUAUACCUCAGAAAUUAGUAAUUAAUGAUAACUGAAAUUAGCUGGUAUUCUAUCUAGAUGACCUGGAUAUCAUAAGCCUUAGAAAAUCACUAGGAUUUUUAAAGUAGGAAGGAAAUAACCCAACACAGAACAGAUAUGAGUGUAUAUGCUGCCACACCUACCUUGUCCUCUACAGGUUAAUAUUAGUUAAGUCCUUAUUCUCUUUACCAAAAAUAACUCUACUUUUGAGGGGAAAAAGGUGUGUGUGUGUGUGUGUGUGUGUGUGUGUAUAAGAUAUUCAAGAAAGUACAUUUUGCUGUAUUUCUAUAGAUCACCUCUGCAAAAGUGUACUGAACAUGAGUUAGUGAAAUAAAUCAGGUUCUUGAACCCAAGGAGCUCAUUUUGACUAUUGAUGGAGGGUCAGACAAAUAAUGAUAGUAUAGUGUCCAUGGGUUUCCUUAUUUUUACUCUUUUCUAGCUCAGGAGUAUUUCCUCAUCUUUGUGUUUCCAGCACCACAAUUUGAGCAUAUCUUUAUUAUAGCACUUAACAAACUCAAUUAUCAAUGCCUUUCUUGUGUGUCUUUUUCUGCUGGUCUAGGGCCCUGUUUACUUCUGUAUCUGUGGCACAGAGUAGAUGUACAAUGUUUGUUGAAUGACUGCAUGAAAGAAAAAUACAUGAAGGGUCACUAGAAACAAUACAAAGCCUAACUAUCUGGACAUAAGAAAUAAGAAGACCUGAUAAGACUUGCGUUCAGCUAGUUUAUCUAUACCGGUAGCCAAAAGCAAAAACAAAGGAAAAGAUAAAAGAGAAAUCCUAGUUGUACCAUGGUCCUCAAGAAGAAAGAAACGGCUCAUCAGUUGAGAGAGUUAGUGUUUAUGUAGUGCAAUCUAUUUUUUCAAAAAAGUACUCUCAAAUUAAAAAAGAAAUCAUAUGAUGGCCUGUCUUCUUGUCUGUCUGUUACUCGACUCACCAACUGAGAUGUACAGCGUUCAGGUGACGAGGGUCAGCUCCUACUGUGUUGCUGCAAGGGGUGAUAAGUACAGGGGAGGCAGUGGACCAAGCAAGCAAUUGCCUGCAAUUGUUUCCAGCAUCUUCUAUUCCAGUGGAGUUUAAUUAAAUCCCUUCUAUGAAAUGCAAAUUUCAUGGUUCCCAAGAACAGCCUAAAAUGUUCUUUCCCAAUGUUAUAUGUUUUGUUAUUCACAAAGCAGUACAUUUUUGACUGAAGGAUUGAAAAAUUCUCCAUCUUCUAUCCUUCAGAUGUAACUAAGCUACUCAAUCUAGAAACUGUGGCGCUCAUGAUUAAUUAAGAGUUAGCAUAUUAAGUAAGGUAUUUAUAUGAAUAUUUAAGCAAAACUGUCUCAAUGAAAUAGUUUUUUUAAACUAAUAUCUUAAACCUUAGUGUGUUGCAUUCAAGUUAUGCUAAUUGAAGUAAAUGAACCUGUUGGAAGAGAAUGCACUCUGCUCUAAUUUGUAUACUAUAUGAAUGUUUGCAGAGUAUUUGGGGGUGGGGUGGUGAGGGUAAUUUUUUGGUUUUUUACUUCUCGUCCCCAUCUAAGUGUCAUCUUUAAAGUUCUUAAAACAAGGGAAUUAAAGUAAUACUUAUUUAGGGCCACCAUCUGUACUUGGUGAUUUACAUACAUUAUAUUAUUUGAUCUUCCCAACAACCCUGUGAGCUAGGGUAGGUAUAAGUAAUCUCAGUUUUACAGACUAGAUAACCAAGGAUCAAACUGCUAUGAUUGGCUAGUGAUAAACACAGCCAGUAUGUGGUAAGGCUCAAAUUUGAAUCUAAACCCAAUUCUGCCUCUCAACAAGUAAGUGGUUACAAAAACUCAGCUUAUUACAGUUAAUAACAUUUUUAAAUGGUGGGGCUAGUGUCUCUUCAGAAAACUGUUGUAGAUUAUGACCCCAAUUUAAUUAACACUGCAGUAAAACCUAGGGCAAAUUUCCAACAUCCAAACACUAAUAGUGAAUAAAGAGAUAAUUUCAUGAGCUAAGGUAGAAGUUGGUAGAAGUGUGUGAAAGGAUCAUCACUGGAGAUUUAUUUUAACCCAAGAUUUCAUGGUAACCAGAGUUGAUGUAUGGGAUAGUUCCAGGUAAAAAGACAAUGUGCUUUCUGUGGAGCACUAGUUACCCUCUUUGAAUGAGUAACUACAUUCAAACAUCACUAACAUUUCUCUUUUUUAAAAUAGCUUUAUUGAGGUAUAAUUGAUAUACAAAGAACUGCACCUAUUUAAUAUGUAGAGUUUGAUAAGUUUGGACCUAUGCAAACACCUGUGAUAUUAUCAACACAGUCAAGGUGAUAGACAUGUUCAACACAUUCCAGUUUCCUCGUGGCCCUUUCUGUAUGUGUUAACUAUAGACACCAUGCCAUACAGUAGUUCUUUAGGACUUAGUCAUCUUAGAGAACUGAAACUUUGUUAUUAUUAACAAAGGUAUUAUCCAGAUAUCUGGUUUGCAAAUAUUUUCUCCCAUUCCAUAGGUUGCCUUUUUCAUUCUGUUGUUUCCUUUACCAUGCAGACAAUUUUUAAUUUGAUAUGGUUCCACUUGUCUAUUUUUACUUUUGUUUCCUUUGCUUUUGGUGUGAUAUCCAAGAAAUCAUUGCCAAGACCAAUGUCAAGAAGCUUUUUCCCUGUUUUCUAUUAAGAGUUUUACAGUUUCAGGUCUUAGGUUUAAAUCUUUGAUCCACCUUUUUUGUGUGUGUAUGGUGUAAGGUAGUAACUUCCUUCAUUUCUGCAUGUGGAUAUCCAGUUUUCCCAGCACUACUUAUUGAAGAAACUGUCCUUUCCCCAUUGUGUGUUCUUGGCACCCUUGUCAAAGAUCAGUUGACUAUAUAUGUGUUGCUUUAUGUCUGGGUUCUCCAUUCCAUUGCUAUAGGUCUGUCUUUAUGUCAGUGUCAUACUAUUUUAAUUACUGUAGCUUUGUAAUUUAGUUUGAAAUCAGGAAGUGUGAUGCCUCCAGCUUCUUUGUUCUUUCUUAAGAUCACUUCAGCUAUUCUGGGCCUAAAGGUUCCAUAUGAAUUUUAUGAUGAUUAUUCUAUUUCUGUUUAAAAAAUGCCAUUAGGAUUUUCAUGGAUAUAGCAAUAAAUUUGUAGAUCACUUUGGGUGGUAUGGACAUUUUAACAAGUCACAUGGUAACCAAAAACAUACACAAAAAAAAAAACAUAUAGAAGAUACACAAAAUAAAAAGAGAAAGGAAUAAAGCAUACCCCUACCAAAAAUCAACAAAACACAAAGGAAGACAACAAGAGAGGAAUAAAGGAAUAAAAGAACUACAAUACAGAAAACAACAAAAUGGCAAAGUAAGUCCUUUCCUAUCAACAAUUACCUUAAACGUAAAUGUAUUAAACUCUUCAAUCAAAAGACAUAGAAUGGCUGAGUGGACAAUAAAACAAGACCCAACUAUAUGCUAUCUACAACAGACCCUCUUUAUAUUUAAGGACACAGUCAGGCUAAAAGUGAAAGAAUGGAAAAAUGGUAUUCCAAGGAAAUACUAAAUAAAAUAGAGCAUAGGUGGCUCUAUUAAUAUCAGAAAAAAAAAAGUCUUUAAGUCAAAAACUGUCACAAGCAUCACUGUAUUUCUGUUGCAGAAGUUUAAAGAUGUUUAGUGUAUGAUAUAGUUCAGAAAUAAGGUGAGAGAAAACCUUUAAUGUUUUUGAACAUAUGUAAUAGAAUUGAGAGUAAGUAUUCUAUUGGAGACUUUUAUCAAUGAAACUCAUUAUGCACUGGAGUUUUUGUGUUUUUUAGUAAAAUUAGUGAUCUAUGCAAACAAAGGAAGGAUUUAUAUAUAUAGCUUUUCAGAAAGUUCUACUUCCAGGAGACAGACACCAACAUUGCGUAGUAGAAAAAGCACUUCCUCCACAACUUUUCUGAACCUCAUUUUUUCUACCUGUGAAAUAAUAAAUAUUGCCCUCCAUUCCUCAGAGAAGUGUUAGAAAUAAAUAGGAAAGGGGCGCCUGGGUGGCUCAGUCGUUAAGCGUCUGCUUUCGGCUCAGGUCAUGAUUCCAGGUCCUGGGGUCGAGCCCUGCAUCGGUCUCCUUGCUCGGCGGGAAGCCUCCUUCUCCCUCUCCCACUGCCCCUGCUUGUGUUCCCUCUCUUGCUGUGUCUCUCUCUGUCAAAUAAAUAAAUAAAAUCUUUUAAAAAAAAAAUAGGAAAAACAAGUGUGGAGAUUCUUUGACAUAUAUGAAGCACUAUCAUAACUGCUUUUUGGAAAUGAUCUGGGAAAAUGAAUUUGCAAUUUCAAAAAUAUUCCAUCUAGCACAAUAGCAAUACUGUUGGUUUUAAAGUUGAACAGACCUCAGAUUUCUUUCUCUGAUUUUGUCACCUCUGGGUUACUUAACUUCUCUGAACUUGUAUUCUCACUUGUAAAAUGGAAGAUAUUUUCAUAGAGUUAUAACCAUUUAUUUUUUAAGUAAUCUCCAUGCCCAAUGUGGAGCUCAAACUCACAACCCCAAGACUGAGUCACAUGCUCUACUGACUGAGCCAGCCAGGUGCCCCUAGUUGUUGUUAUAAUUUAAAGAGUAAAUGCCUAUAGAGUACCUCAUACAAUGCAUGGUGUUCAAUAAAGAGUAACUAUAAUAACUAAAAUUCCAAGCCAAUAUAAAGGUAGUAUUUUGAAAAAUCUUGAUCUGAUUGGAGAGCAAAAAUUGAAUAUGAGCUAUGUGAAUAAAUGCAAAAAAUAUUCAAAAAUAUUUUAAGACAUGAAACCACAUUACUCAGAUUUUUGGUAUAACUUUCAGAUUUACUAGUUAUUUAAUUUAUGUAGGUUGUACAGCAUAUGGAAAGAGCCAUAUAUACCUGGGUUUGAAUUCUGUACUGUGGUGCUAUCUGGAGGUAUUGAACCUUAUUUUUAUUAUUAAUAAAAUGGGAAUGAUACCUAUCUGGGAUAGUUGUUAUGAAGAAUACAUUAGGUAAAUGAGGCAAAUAUUUUAGGUAAAUGAUGCAAAGUGACUAGCAUUGUACUUGACGAGCAGUAGAUUCUCAAAAAUGAUUUAGUUCCCUUUCCCUGUCAUUAGUUUCAUUGUUUUGUGCAUAAAUCCACCCAGGCAUAGACAGCUGCCUAAGCGUAAUUUUUCUAUUUUUAAAAAUCCUAUUAACCUUGUAUAUAAGUGUGCAUUUUGGUAAAGGUUUUAUGUGGCUUUUACAAGUGAAACUAAACACAUGACUUCAGUCUCUGACAAUAUUGUCCCUUUCAACUCUGUAUGUAGGUUCUCUUACUUGUGAAGGUAUUUUUGAAAUAAAAAUAAAUUCAGUUUGAGUGUAUGUCCUAUAAAACCAGUUUUGAUCCUUGGAGGUUUAUUUUCUCCUUCAUUUGUUUUAGAAUUAGCACAGAUAUGUUUUAUAAAUUAACCACAUAUGUAUUUUUUAACUUGGGGGAUGUUAGAGGUAGAACUUAGAGUAAAUUACCCUAAUUCAACAGAAGUAGCCAGAUGAACAUCUCUAUAGCUCUUAAGAAUUUGUAAUGAAUGUGAUUGAGCACUUACCUUUUUGAGAAGACACACUGUCUGAUACCAGAGAGGUGUAUGUAUACACACACAUAUGCAUGCACACAUGCAUACAUAUACAUACACCCUUCUUAAGAAGACCAAUCUCAGGUUUACCAGGUAAUUCUUUAGAAAUUUUAGAUUUAAAAUUUUUUAAUUACAAAGGUUUCCUUUAGAGAUCUCAACCUAAGAGAUAAAGUAAAAUUUUAAAUAUACUUAAAUAUUUUUGGAAAUUGCUGGUAGUGAAUAUUUUAGCUGUUGAUCUUACUGCAUAUGAAUUACCCACUGCCCAGAAAAAUAGUCUUGUGGCUAGAUAUACAGUCUCUGGAAUCAUACGGCUACAUUGCAAUUCCACCUCAAUCACCUAAUACUGUGUUACCUUAGAAAAGUUAACUGAUUUCUUUACAUCUUAGUUUUCUCAUCUGUAAAAUGAAGAUAAAAUUACCAAUCUCAUGGGGUCAUUUUGAAGAUUAAAUUAGUUAACAAAUAUAAAGGGCUUAAGACAUGCCUAGCACAUGGUAAGGGCUCUGUAAAUGAUAUUUACGAUGAUGAUGAUGAUGAUGUAGCUAACUAUGGAACUCAUCUGAAACAUGUUUUCUGAAACAUUACUUAGUAGAGCUUCCUUCUGCCUGUUUUUAAUAAUAUGUUGUUGUUAAAUAAAAAGUUAUAUUGAAAAGAAUCUACCACUGGACAUGAACAUAUUUAAAAUACUUCACAUUUUCCCAUAGAAAAAAUAUGCCAUUCUGAUUCUUCUUUGUGGUCCAGCAGUUGUUCACAUAUGAUAUAUUCCUACAACUGUGCUGCAUAAAGAAUGUGUUUUGGCAUAGAAACUGCAUAAUUUGGAGAGGUUUUUGUUGAUAAUCUUAAACAAAAACAGUCAAACUCAUUUCAGUUCCACUGGAAACCCAGGGGGCGGAAAUGUUUUUGCCAAAUGAGAAAUAAAGAUGCCAGCUUUUGAAUUAGGAAGUAUUUUCAAGUGUUUGUGUUGGGAAAAUGGAAAAAAUAAAUUGACUUCAGUGAAUUUUUAUCUACCAAACAGUCAAAGCCUUGGAAAACUAUUUCCACUAAACUUUUACGAUAAAUAAUAGCUUGUAUUUUAUGUAGCCUGUUAUCAUUUUCACACAUUUUUAUGUAUUAUUGUAUCUCCCCAUAGCAUGUUUAUGAAUUAGGUAGGGCUGGGAUGAUAAUGCCCAUUUUUGACAAAUGAAAAGACUCAGGUUUGGGUUAAGCGUCUCUUGUAGUGCACAGUGGAAGUGAAAGAGGCUGAAUUAGGAUUUAAGCCCAGAUAUUAGUGUUCUCUCAUAAAUAUCCUAUAGCACUUUUCCCCACUAUUGUUUGAUUUUCCUUAGGUAUUGGAUUUAAUAUUAGACUUUAAGAGAGAGUUGAUUCAUUUGUACUUUUGGAGAAGGCUUGUUGUCCCUUAUUCAGAUUUGUUUACAUGUUGGUGAAUAUCUGCAAAGAUUUGCUUUUCCUGCUCCCUAAUCUGCUCUUACCUGUUGGCCAAUUCACCUGCUUAUUAACACACGUCUGUUCCCUUGAACAGCAAGGGAAAUUAAACUAGCCAACUUGUAACUUGAUAGCAGUUCUACUAAAAAGUUCUGUGGGAUUUAAAGAUUUCAGUGAUCUAGUUACCACAAAUAAUUAGAAAUUAUCAUAAUUUGGAAAUAACUUUUCCUUAGGUAUAGGAUUCAGAAGUAGAAUAUCUGAGACAUACCUAAUAUUCAUCUCUGUAGUGGAAUAUGCAUGACAAUAUGCAUGACAAUAUAGUCAAAAGCUGGUGAAACUUUUUUUUUAAUAUUUUAUUUAUUUAUUUGUCAGAGAGCACAAGCAGGGGGAGUAGCAGGCAGAGGGAGAAGCAGGCUUCCUGCUGAGCAGGGAGCCCGAUUCAGGACUCGAUCCCAGGACUCUGGGAUCAUGACCUGAGCCGAAGGCAGACACUUAACCUACUGAGCCACCCAGGCAUCCCGCUGGUGAAACUUUUGGUUAUGUUCCAGUUCAGUGGUUCCAAAUCCUGACUGAUCAGAAUCACCUUAAAAAUAGUUUCCUCAUCUCAGUCUUUGGGGAUCCAGAUGCAGUAAAUUUAACUGUAUUUUUAAGAGUCUCUUUAGGUGAUUGUGAUACUUGCCCAGGUUGGAGGGUCUCGCACCUAUUCACCUAUUCCUCUGUAGUAAGAGUUGCAUGCUCUACCAACUGAGCCAGCCAAGCACCCCCCUCCUCCUUUUAAAACGUUUUCAUUUUGCUAACUUCUUCAUCAUCUGAAUGGCUAUGUUUGUUUGUUUGUUUGU